AUGCCAAUGUUAUACACCGAAUCCGAUAUCAAUCAGGUUGACACCACGACAUCUUCAAUGUUUGAAAACGGUGCACUCACUAUCAACACCAUUCAAUCCAGCCCGAUGCUUGUUAUGACUCCUUCGCCUAAGCGCCGCCGUGGAAGGCCUCCAAAAUGUCCUCAGUCGUCCGAUAAAAACAGUCCAGCGGCUACCCUCUCAGCAGCGGUUAUGAAACAAGGAACACCAAAGGCAAGCGCUCCACUGAUGAGGAUCUCACCGGUGAAGUCUGAAGGCUCCCCAGUGCAGAGAAGGAAGGUGAACCCUUCGCCAAAGGGCGGUACGCUGCUAAUGCUCGAUUCGACGCCGACAAAGCCUCGCAAGAAUAGCAAGAUCUGGAAGAAUCAUACCAAAGACCAGCCGAAACUUCUGAUGGUUUCUACACAAGCACAGCAAAACAUCCAGUCAUUAACGAGUGAUGGCAAUGACCUCAGCAGGACAGUAUCGGUAAACCCAUCACUGCUGUUGUCUUCACCAAUCACCACGAAUAAGAUCAAAGAGAUAAACAAGAACAGAAUGCCACAGGAUUCGGCUCUCACAGAUUUGAAAUACAAGUGGAAGAGACCUCAAAAGUCAUUGACUUCGUCAUCUCCAAUGACUCCUCAGUCUUCAUCCUGUUUCUCCUCAAUUAUGCAAUCUUCGCCUCUAUACCAUGGCUACUAUGUGAAUCAGAAUUCCAGUCCAAGUACCUCUGUGCUCUGCUCGAGUCCGGUUAAGCUACAAGUCAGACCGAUGGAACUUCCUGACGUCAAACCAGUAGAUGAAACUGAAGUUCAAAAGAUACAGGAAUUACCUCUAAACCCUUCAAACUCCCCAAUAUUGAAACCAAGUGAUCCAUUACCAAAGAUUACGACAGCCAAAACACAGGAUUUGAGUCAAUACAGAAUCAGCAUGAGUGUUGAUGAAAAUGGCCAGGCAAAAGUGACAAAGGUUUUCACUGGAAAACAUUCAACUAACACUCACAAAGAUUUACCGACAUCUCCAAAGCUUUCAAAGAGUCAUUCGGCGGACUUCAUCCCCAAUGCAAAGCUGAAUAACGAGUUUUCCAUGUUUGUUGAACCAUCAAAAGUUACAGAUAUGUUUAACGAAACCGAUUCACAUUUGGGAUUUGAACUGAACACUCCAAAUGCACACCAGACGCCUGUUUAUAGCCAUGACGAAGAUUCAUACCAAAAGGCUGAGGACGAUGAAUUCAAGCAACAGGAUGUUUUGAUGUCGGAUGCUAGAAGUGCACUGAUUCAAAUGAUUCGUCGGAGUACUGUCUAG